AUGCAGGCGCUCAAGUCUGCUCGCUUCCUCGACCUCAAGGAGGAGGCCAAGUAUCCCGACGGCUUCUCGUCGCCCAACCUGGCGCUCAAUCAGACCGCAUCGCGCAACGCUCGAGCGUACGACAAGGCAUUCUUGCUCCAAUUCCAGAACGUCUUCAAGGAGAAGCCGUCCGUUGAUUGGGACCAGAAGAUCCGCGAGACUCUCGGCCCAAGCGAUGACGCCUCUCGAUCUGCAUCGGCUCGCACUCCGUCCAGCAACGUUGGCCGCUCAGCAUCUGGCCGUCCUGGCGCUGGCCAACCCACCAAUAGCUUCGGCGGCUCCAUGGGUAACUUUGGCGGCGGUCCAGCAAGGACGCUGCCGGUCGGCACCACUUCUGCGGAAAGAUUUGCACUCGCAUCAGGUGCCGCUCCUCGACCGGGUAUGGGCCCCAUUCCUCCAAUGGGUCGCGCCCCAAGCCAACUCGGUGGCAUGGGUUCUGUCGGCAUGAGCCGAACGAACUCACUCCAAGCAAUGGGCAAUAUGCAAGGGCCUAACUCACCGAAUCGGGCGAACACCCGUGGAGGUGGCCGCGGCAGUCGCCGUGGCGAUCGCACGAUGAGCAAGAGGGAGGAGGCCGAGAUGGCGUCGAAGAUGCCGCUUACUGCUCAUAUCGAGGUCGCUCCGCUCCAAAAGAGCGGUACAGGCUGGAAGCCGACGAGCAUUACUCAGACCAUCCAACCACAGCACGAUGUGAGCGGGAACAUGCUGCCGGAUAUGGUGCAGCGCAAGGUCAAGGCCGCGCUCAACAAGAUGACACCGGAGAAGUUCGACAAGAUUUCCGACCAGAUCCUCGAGAUUGCCGCACAAUCCAAGAACGAGUCUGAUGGCCGGACAUUGCGACAGGUCAUCCAGCUUACGUUUGAAAAGGCUUGCGACGAGGCUCACUGGGCUGGCAUGUACGCGCAGUUCUGCGCCAAGAUGUUGACUUCCAUGAGCACCGAGAUCCGCGACGAGACGAUCAAAGACAAAGCUGGAAAUCCCGUGGUCGGUGGCGCCUUGUUCCGCAAAUACCUCCUCAACCGAUGUCAGGAAGAGUUCGAGCGGGGUUGGCAAGUCAAUCUGCCCGACAAGCCGGAAGGCGAGUCGCAGGAAGCGGUCUUGUUGUCGGAUGAAUACUACGUCGCUGCCGCCGCCAAGCGUCGCGGUCUGGGAUUGAUUCAGUUCAUCGGACAGCUGUACAAGCUUCGCAUGUUGACGGUGCGCAUCAUGCACCAAUGCGUGCAGAAGCUGCUGGACUUUGAAGGCGACCCCGACGAAGCGGCCGUGGAGAAUCUCACUACACUGCUCCGGGCGGUGGGUGCCACCAUGGAGGAAGACGAGCAAGGUCCCGGCCUGCUCAACAUGUACUUCGAUCGCAUCGACGGUGCUUUCCUGAAGAGCAACAAGCUGGCCAGCCGACCGAGAUUCAUGAUCAUGGACUUGAUCGAUCUGCGAAGGGCACACUGGAAGGGCAAAGACGACGCCAAGGGCCCGAAGACCAUCUCGCAAAUCCACGAGGAGGCCGAAGCCGCUGCCGCCAAAGCGGAACAAGAGCGACAACGGCAGUCACAGCGCGGUGGUCACGGCGGUGGCAGAAUGCCUGCCGGUCGCGGCGACGCCCGCAACUUCUCCGGCAACAUGCAGCCCCCCGUCGAUUUCCAAAAGUCGUACAUCGGCAUGGAUGACCUCCGCAAAUUGCAGAACCGGGGUAGCACUCCUCGCCAGCCUGGCGGUGGACUUGGCCCCGGUGGCAGCCUCGGUCCCGGCGGAUCGAUGCUGGGUCCCCGCGCUGGCAGCCGACGUGGCAACCUUGGUCCUUCGUCUUCGGGCAACACCACCCGUACGAACACGCCUCCCGUCGACAGCAAGGACAAGAAGGAGGAGACAAAUGCAUCCCAGAAUGCUUUUGGCGCCCUCGCCGCCCUCGACCCAUCCGGUGAAGCACCCGAAGAUGCAGCAGACCCCCACGCCUCCUCCGUCGCCUCGCCGCUCGCCACGACCAGCACUCACGCAAACACCCCCGCGCCCGAGACCAGCACCUCGACAUCGACGGCCGCGGCGGCCGAGGACGAGAGCGCGACUAAUACCACCACCAACCCUUCUGCUGCAUCGACUACUUCUGCAUAG